AGUAUCAAGUAGUUGCGUGCAGUGCAGUUAUGGUGUCCUGUGCUCUUUUCGUCCUGGGCCCUCUGUGGAUCCACAUUCUGACACAAGCCUGCAGGGGUGAGGAGCUGUCCCGGGAAGCUGUGUUGUCCUGGUUCAGAGAGCGGGUCCUGGAGGGCCUCGGGCUGGAGCAGCCCCCUCUGACCACAGUCCAGGGUCCUGAUAGGGACACGGCACAGCAAGAAGCAAGGCAUGCAUCCUGGAGGGCCCCCAGGACAAGCAGGACAGCGUGGGUCAACCGUCAAACCAGUCCGACCCAGGAAACAUCUGAAAUCAUUCUCUUCCCCAGUUCUGACUCAUCCUGUGCCACAUCUGACUCAGCUCUUGGAGAAACCACUGAUAGCCACUUCACGUAUUACUUCCAGCCGUCCAUGAACAACCUGGAGAUGCUGGUCACAUCUGCCCACUUCUGGUUCUAUGCAGGCGAAGGAGCCAACUCCUCCACCCAGCUGUUCAUUCUAACUUCAGCGCAGCAGCUUCUUCGGGCGGCAGAGGCUCCACCAAAGACGAGCUCAGACGGAUGGACCACCUACCACCUGGAUCAAAACCCACUGGCCUCUGUGGCUGUGGGCCCUUUUCUGCUCCAGGUCCGCUGUCCAGCCUGUCAGUGUCACACCGACGAACCGGACAAGACGCCCUUUCUUCACAUCCACGCUCAGCCUCGUGGUCCUGUCCGCUCACCCCGCCACGCACCAGUAACCAUUCCCUGGUCUCCCUCCGCUCUCGACCUGCUCCAGCGGCCCUCUCAGGAGAGACCUCAGCACAGUGACUGCCUCAGGGCAGAGAUCGAAAUCAGCUUCGAGGAGCUGGGCUGGGGCAGCUGGAUCGUCCAUCCAAAGCUGCUGACCUUCUACUAUUGUCAUGGGAACUGCUCAGCCUCGGAUCGAACCAUCGCCAUGCUGGGCAUCACACAGUGCUGUGCUCCAGUCCCGGGGACCAUGAAGUCCCUGAGGAUCACCACAACAUCUGACGGCGGGUACUCGUUCAUGUAUGAGACCUUGCCCAACAUUAUACCUGAAGAGUGUACUUGUAUCUGAACCUGAAAGCUUCAGUACAACCAAACAAAAAUUUGUUUAGUUUUCUGCCAUCCAGCCAAGCGAACAUUUCUGAACAGACCCUUUAAAGCCGUGCAUGCCACUUGUCUUACUAAUCACACUCUAAAAGUUUACUUUUUUUUUUAGCUACAAUCUGAAAGUAAAAAUACUGCAAGGCCAGCAUUUUAUUGCUUUAUUGUGAUUCUGACCUUUAGAGGGCAGUCUAUGUCUACUUUUACACUGCUUCAUUUC